AUGAAGGGGCGAGCCAGGAUGGUAUCGUAUUUCAACGUGGCCAGCAGUGCAAUCCUUAUAUACGAUUGGUUCCUCACUAUUCCCCUCGAGGUAGCCACAAUCUGGAGAUCCAAGUGGAGCUUAACGAAAGUGCUGUUCAUAACGACACGCUAUAUAGCAUAUCUACAGUUGGUCGACAUCGUCUACUAUUACCCAAGGUCCCCGACCGGCACAGAGCAGCUCACCUCCGCACCCAAGGUCUGUCAAAUCACCUACGAGAUUCAUACAUGGUCGGUAGCAAUUGGUGUUGGAGCUGGUGAAGCUCUUCUUUCGUUGCGAACAUGGGCUGUAUGGGGUAGUUCACGCAAAAUGGGAGUGUUCCUUGGGAUUCUCUGGAUCAUCACCUGGAGUUCUGCAUUUGCUUUGGUCGUCAUGUUUUUGCAGAAGAUCCAGUAUGGCGUUACCCCUCUCACCUCCUACGUUGUAUGUUAUGCCACUGCCCGUUCAUCCACCACAAUAUUCUGGACCUGGGUUAUAUUCUUGCUCUGGAAUACAUUGAUGUUCGUUCUUAUGGCCAUACCAGCCUACAAGAGUUUCCAGGAGUCCGGCGGGGACUAG